GUGCGUCUACAAAUGUAGCCUUCACCGCGGGAAUAACGUCCUCCGACUCUUCAUGGAGCGGGAGUACACUGAUUUUCCCCAAGAUAAUAUUUAAUACUGGUGGAGGUUACAACCCCACUACAGGGAUGUUCACGGGCCCCGUGGACGGGCACUACGUCUUCUUCGUCAGUGUACAGAGUCAUGACACAAAGGAAAUUCGGGUGGACAUUGUAUGGAAUGGAGAAUCUCAGGAUUAUUAUGAGACGGGAGUUAACCUGGUUGUGUUAAGGCUAAAUCAAGGAGACAAAGUGUGGGUCAAACGUAGUCAAGGCACUGGAUACUACUCCAGUUCUGUACCUGUUAUUACAACCUUCUCUGGAUUCCUCUUGUAA